GCGGAGCCCGGCGGGCAGCGGGGCCGGUCCCAUGGGAGCCCGGCGGGCCGGUGGAUGCCCAUGGCUUUCAGCCCGGGGCUGCUGGUGGUGGCCGGUUCCUUCGCCGCUUUCCGCCUGCUGAACCGGGGGCUGGAGCGGCUCGUGCCGCCGCCGCCCUCGGCCCGGCGCAACCGCUGGAAGUGGCGCAACAUCUGGACAUCGCUGGCGCACAGCGUGCUCAGCGGCGGCGGGGCGCUGGCCGGGUUCUACCUCCACCCCGAGAUGUCCAACGACCUGGUGGGCACACACCCGCCCGGGGCGCACAGCCUGGUGGCCGUGUCUGUAGGCUAUUUCAUUGAAGACUUUGUGGACAUGUUGUGCAAUCAGAAACUUCAUCAGUCCUGGGAGCUGCUCUUUCAUCACUCUGUGGUGAUCAUCUGCUUUGGAAUCGCCGUGCUGCUCCACCAGUACGUGGGCUUUGCCCUCGUGGCUUUACUGGUGGAGAUCAACUCCAUCUUCCUGCACGUGCGGCAGAUCCUGCUCAUGGCCAACCUGGUGCACACGCCCUGCUACCGCCUCAACAGCCUGGUCAACCUGGGCACCUACGUGGUGUUCCGCAUGGCCACGCUGGCCUGGAUGAGCCGCUGGCUCUUCCUCAACCGCCACAACGUGCCCGCGGCCGCCUACGCCGUGGGCACGGCGGGCAUGGCAAUCAUGACACCCAUGAACAUCGUCCUCUUCUACCGCCUGCUGCGCAGCGACUUCCUCAAAGCCCGGCGGGACAAGGAGGAACGGCAGGAGAAGGAGGAAUGGCAGGACAAGGAGGAAUAGCCCCUCCCCUGCGAGCCCAUGGAGCACUGGAGGGUGAACAUGGCCGUUUCAGCACCUUACAGGAAGGGGCUGCACUAACAGAGCAUUCAGGCUUUGCUCGUGGCCCUGCACAGCAAGGAGGUGCUCAUGGAUCAGGCUCUGCUCCCCACUUUUGGAUGAUGUGGUUGGACAGCUGGGAGCUGCUCAAAGAAGCUCCCUGAGGCACCACUGAGAUGAGAAGGGGGCAGAGCAGCAGUGCUGUUCCCCCACUGCUCUUCCAGACAUCCCAACACCACAGGGUGUUCCCAGCCCCCAGUGCCCCAUCAGCCACGGAUCACUGAGCUCUCUGUGGCUUCUCUGUAGAACAGCACCAGCAGGACAGGCUCCAAGGCUUUGCCUUCGAGGUGACGGUCAGUAAAAACCAAGCCCUGCACUGAUGAGCCCUCCCUGAGGAGAUUGUCCCACCUGGCUGGGUGGUCACUGUGGGGUGCAGGUCACGAUCAGCCCCAACCUCUGCUGACAAUGGAGCUUUUCCCAUGUUUUGUCCCUAGAUAAUUUAAGUGCCCAUAAAUGAGGGUGGUAGAGCACGAGUGGCUGGCAGGAGGAUGCUGUGUGGUGGUCACUUCCCACAGAUGUGGGGUUUUCAGGCACUUUUUAGGAUUCAGGAAUGCCGGUUGUGCUGCAGAGCCUGGGGUAACGCUCUCACCCGGCAGCAAAGGCUCCUACUAACACGAGCUUUUAAUCAAUGGCUGCAAAUGAAGUGGCUUGAGGGGAAGGGACUGAGAGGGGACAAAAGGACUCAUCCCCCAGCCCUCUUUGGGGCUGUCACUUAGCACAGUCCUUACCCCGUGUCUCCCUGCCAUGGAGUGAAAAUACACUGCACACUGGCACACACUA